CCGAAGAUGACGGGCUCGCAGCAGCAAAAGAAGAAGAAGAAGAAGAAACUAUCUUAAUCGCUGCCCUGUCGGUCUCAAUGCUACUGACGGAUGCAGUAAAUUAAAUACUCAGUUUCUAAACACACUGUGUGCAUAACAAGCUUCAUUACCAGUAACUUCAGGACUGUGCCAGACUUUGGAUGGAGUCAGUAUCUAAGUUUUCACUGACUCAUGUCAUCACAGCAAGGAACCCCAGGGUUCGGGAUUUAUGCAGUGCUGUAGAUAAGCGAGAGAAGAAUGGUCAAGUAUUUCUGUAAUAACACAGACGUCAGGAGUACGUGGGACCUCGUUGUCUCUGCUUUUUGGCAGAGGUAUCCAAACCCAUUCAGCACCCAUGUUCUCACAGAGGAUGUGGUCUACCGGGAGGUGACUGCAGACAACCGGCUCCUCUCCAGACGUCUCCUGAUGAAGACCAAUCGACUGCCUCGCUGGGCGGAGCAUAUCUUUCCCUCCGGCAUAUCUCGCUCCGUGUACAUCAUAGAGGACUCCAUUGUGGACCCUGUCAACAGGAGCCUGACCACCUACACCUGGAACCUCAACCACACAACUCUCAUGUCUGUUGAAGAGCGUUGUGUUUUCCAAGACACAGUGGAGCAGCCGGCCACCACCCAGCUGAAACGUGAAGCGUGGAUAUCUUCGAGUGUUUAUGGCUUCUCCAGACCUAUUCAGGAGUUCGGAUUGGCUCGCCUCAAAAGCAACCAGGUGAAGUCCAUGAAAGGGUUGGAAUACGCACUCUCCAACUUACAGGGAGAGGCGCCUCAGCGGCCACUCAGGGACUCAGUGAAGGACGCGGCAAAGAGCCUGGCUUCAGCUGCUGCAGCCCCACAGAAACCCCAGCAGUACAUCUGACUGGACUGAGAAUGAAAGACUGUGCAGGUGACAUGAACUCAACAAAAUGCCUUUCUGAUCAUAUCAAUCAGUUGGACUUGGCUGAAGUUUUUCUGGGAUCACGCUGAUUGCUGUUUAUGCUCUUAUCAACUUUGUUUGUUUUUUCUUCUAUUUUUUUUUUCCUGAUUGACUUUCUUUUGUUCUCUGCUGGAAGUCUUUAAUCUUUUUCACCUCUUCUCAGAUUUCUGUCUUCUCUUUGAGCUCUCAUGAAGUCUCAGGUCCUUUUGUCUCUGUAUGAGUUUUAUUGUUUUGAGGAAACGUUCAGAAUUUGACCAGCAGCAUCCUUUAAUGCUGGAAUUAUGUCAGGUGUUAGUGCAUAUAUUUUGCAUAUUGCAAUAUUUAACUCAUCUUUCUACUGUCUUAAAGUAAACUGAUUAUCUUGUAAAAUUAUAUAAUUCUUGAAAAGUGCAAAAACUUUCUCUGACAUUACUCAGCAUUAUGAAGUAACUAUAUAAUAAGGCCUUGCAUGUUGAUCCAGAUAAAAGGCCACAUCAUGACCAUCGUUGAGCUGUGACUGUUGGUGAACUUUCAAGUUAAGCAACAUUAUGCAAGAACAGACAUUUUUACGAUUUUUAGCUCCUAAAGUUUAGUCUGCAGCAGGUAAAAGCCAGUCGGAGAUUCACUCUCGUCCGCCGUCUCACUGGUCCGUUCUCUAUAUCAAAGUCCUCUUCCAUCUUUCCUAUUACAGUCAUGUUGUCCUUGUUAGUCUUCAAAGCUCUGUGCCAGACAGCCUCGCUGCUGUGAUGCUUUUUGUACCAAUUGCAUGCACCAUACCCGCUGAGCCAAAGUCGCAGAGUGGAAGCAUAGGCAUUUGAAUUAGGGCUUAGAAUUAGAUUUUUGGGGUCAAUACGGAUAUCGAUAUUGGAAAGAUAAAAAAAAUCAGAUACUGAUAUAUCGGCUGAUAUCUUUCUUAGAUCUAUGUUCGAGCUGUAGAGAUAAAUCUAGAUUUACACAUUUAUUGCGUUGAUCCCUUAAAAUGCAGUUAUCAAACACUUGUUCACAGCUUGACACUCUGGAAAGUAGUAGAUAAUACUUGUUGUAAUCCAUAUAGCGCCCUUUACUGGUGAAAGAGAACUGCUAGUGUAAUACAAUGAAACUAAAAUGAAACACUUUUUGAUCGGUGAAUAAAUCUAGUGAUAUCUGCGAUAAAUCUAGUCGAUACCGAAAGUCACUGGAUAUGUUAAUAUCGGCCUAUAUUAUCGGCUGGCCGAUUAAUCGGUCAGGCUCUAGUUUGAAUAAUGGAGGAGCAUUUCAUAUUUAAAGCUGGAUUUUUUUUUUUUAUGUCAGAACAGUUGCAUAAUGUUGCUUCAAGCAGCACAGGACAUGGGUUAGAAUGAAAUGGUUUCAUGUGCACGCAUGGAUUUAAACAGUGAACUUUAUUGAAUACUGCCCUUUUCAUCACGAUGUCUUUCUUGGUUGACAUUUUCUGUGUUGGAGACUGUACUAAAAUGUGUUGCCAGUGUCGACACACAGUCUGCUCUGUAAUAAUGCGCACAAAGAUAGAAACUGUAACAUAAAUGCUGUCAUUUACAGCACAGCCUGUAGUGACAUGUUGAUGAUCUCAACAAACCAAAGUGACUUAUAUCAAAAUAAGUCAAAAUGAAGUUUUGUUUUCACAUCCGUGCUCUGACUGUGAUGAGUAAUAGUAAGACGCUUGCUAUGGUGCAUUAGUGAAAAACAGUUCACCCUGCCUGCUGAUAUGAAGCUGAAGCUGUGAUAAAGAUGACAUCAAAAUGAACAUGUCACUGAUUGCAUUCCUUCUGAACAUUAUGUCUGGACUAGUUUUCUGAAUGACUUGAAUAAUAGUUCUAGAAUAUUUAAUAUCAUGUUGGUUUUUUUUAAUAAUGAUUUACUAUUACACACUUUUAGUACUCAUUAUAUGUAUAUUUAUUUUAAUAAGGUAAUAGUAGCAUGUUUAAAAAAAAAAAUGAUUGGACUUCUCAUGAAAUAGUUGAACAUGUUUUGUAACUUAAAAACAUUUUCAACUCAGGCUUUGAGUUCAAGUCCAUUUUGUUGUUGUGUGUGUUGAAAUGGAGCUUUAAUAAAAGAUAAAUUAAUUUGUUAAA